AGGGUCUUCCGUCCCAUUGCCUUACCCAUUAAUAUAGACAUACGUGCGCUCUGCUUUCGUCUCCUCAUUUACAUACGAAUAAAGAGGUUCUAUUUCAAAGACUCCUUUACUUUACAUUCUAUCUCUCGCGUGAAUAGAAAAUGACUGGCCGGGAGGUCCAGAUGAGCCUGCGAUUACUGCGGCGAGGCGCUCGGUCAUCAUGUGCUAGAAUACCAGCUACUGCAGGGCGGCGACAUUUCAGCUCUUCGACAGCAACGCAAAAGGAGAUUCGAGAUGCUUAUAUUCUAAGUGCUGCUAGAACACCCACUACUUCUUUCAAUGGAUCCUUUGUAAAUGUUCCGGCAUCUCACCUCGGCGCAACCGCAAUCAAAGCUGCCGUAGAGAGAUCGAACGUACCGGUUGAUGCAAUCACAGAUGUUUAUAUGGGCAAUGUUCUACAAGCCAAUGUAGGCCAGUCACCUGCAAGGCAGGCUUCCAUUCUGGCUGGACUUGCGCCGACGGUGGACGCGACAACUGUUAACAAAGUUUGUGCUUCUGGCUUGAAAGCGGUCGCAAUUGCUGCGCAAAACAUCCAGCUUGGGUUGGCGGAAGCUCAAGUGGCAGGUGGAAUGGAAAACAUGUCCCGAGUCCCCUAUUACCUCCCUCGAUCCAGUCAGCAGGUACCAUUUGGCGAGAUGAAACUUGAGGAUGGCCUGAUAAAAGACGGGUUGUGGGAUGUAUAUAACCAGAUUCACAUGGGAAAUUGCGCAGAGAACACUGCGAAAAAGUACAAUGUUAGUAGGGAAGAGCAGGACGAGUUUGCCAUCGAAAGCUAUAGGAGAGCACAAGAGGCCUGGAAGGCGGGGAAGUUCGACGAGGAGAUCACACCAGUUACGGUCAAGAGUAAAAAGGGAGAGAUAGUCAUAUCUAAAGACGAAGGUUUCGAUCGUCUAAAGCUCGAGAAAGUGCCUACACUAAAGCCUGCCUUUGUAAAAGACGGGACAGGCACUGUUACUGCAGCCAACUCGUCCUCAUUCAAUGACGGCGCUUCAGCGCUUGUCCUCGGGAGUCAGAGCCUAGCUGAAAAGUAUGGCUCUGGGUCUCGUGUGCUUGCUCGUAUUGUCUCUUUUGCCGAUGCUGCGGUUGAUCCUAUCGACUUUCCAGUCGCCCCUGCCAAAGCAGUUCCUAUUGCGCUUAAACGCGCUGGUAUCUCCAAGGAGCAAGUGGCUGUCUGGGAAUUCAAUGAAGCUUUUGCUGCGGUCAUCAAGGCUAACCAAAAGAUACUCGGGCUGAGCGUCGAGAAUGUCAACCCAUUAGGUGGUGCCAUCGCCCUUGGCCAUGCUUUGGGAAGCUCUGGUUCGCGAAUCCUUACUACAUUGCUGCAUCAACUGUAUCCCGGAGAAUACGGUUGUGCCGCCAUCUGCAAUGGUGGAGGAGCUGCCACAGCAAUGGUUGUUCAGCGAAUAGACAGCGUUUAGUCAGUUGGAUAUUGCAAUUACUUGCCAUGACUCUCUUCAACGCCGCAUCUUACGCGCCGAGUCGCUCGCUCUGUAGGUUAUACAAGUAGUUAUAGGCGCUCUCUGAGCUAUUGCCAACUUCACCAUUUCGGGCAAGCGCCUCGUUCGGCUCAUAUCACUCUGAUAUUAUAAUAUAUCUCGCAUUGACACUAUACUUUUACACCUGAAGACAUCACUCUCUUGGAAGAGCUUUUGUCUCCUUCCCAUCAACAAACCGUCUUCUCUACAUUCAACGACCACCCUCUUGCUUACCUGGCCCUCUGCGAUAAUUAAAAUUAUUACUCUCAUGUGACUAGAAGCAAGGGUGACGGGUCUAUCGUAUGAUUUUUUCAGCUAGAAGUCCUCUCUAUUCCCGCCUUUUGAACACC